UCUCAUGACCUUUGAAAGGUAUUCUGUGGGGUUCCACCUUGGGACCCAUUCUUAGAUCAACUUUGUUUGGACUGAAUCAGCAGCUCGAAGACUGGAACACCCUUUUGGGCAAGAGUUACUCGCGGUGUCUCAGAAACAUGGGCUUCGGGCACUCGAAGGCUCAUAGCCAAGUGACCAAAGUCGCCCCGAUGCCCACCAAAGAGGUGGCACACCAGGCACUGGGGAGUGUGGCUGUGUAUGGAUUCCAGAGUCCUUUGAGGGAGAGGAGUUCUGGCUCCCUUGCUUCCCUGACGGAGAGGAAUUCAUUUUCGGAGAGGCAUCUUCCUCCCCUGCGGGAAACAUGGUAUGCAAGAUACCCACCAGUAACCGGUCCCAAUCCGCUGGAUCUCAAGACGGAAGAGGGAGAAGCCAGCAUCAUCAAACGGCACCCACCUCGUCGACCACAAAAGCUGGAGCCUCUCAUGCUUUCAAAAGACAUCCCUUUGGACAAAUUUUCGGGGCAGCUGACUGGGACGGCAGCUUGGACACCACAGGAGCUGGAGAACAGAGGACCGGCUGUUCCGAACUCCACUGGAAGAAGACGGCAACACCUGCACAAAAUGAAGAUGCUGGAAAUGCGCCAAGAGGCAGAACGGAAGAGGCGGCUGCGCCAAGAGGCGACCCUCGCCAAACCGAAACGGAGGGACUUCAAAAUCCAGCAGAUGCCAGGCCACGUCCCGCAAGAUGACACCUCAGAUGAAGAACACCUGUUUGUCCUCAAGCAGGACAGAGAUCUUGGUGUUGGUCCUUGGGCUGCGGAAACCCUUCAAGGGCUUGGACUACCCGAGACUCAUCCGGGACAGAUGAGUAAAGUGGAGUCAUGGCUGCUGAACCAGCAGGCCCGGAGCGGGGGAUCGUUUUGGGAUGCUUGCAGCACCGACUCCGAUAGCUGGAAAGGAUCGGACGAGGGGUGGCUCUCUCGGAGACCAGCCUUAGUGAGGACCAAGACGGAGCGGAUCCAGCUCUUUGACGAGUUCUUCGAUCGAGAGUUCUGAUCUGCAGCCGCCGGAAUGAGGCCGUCUGGGGGG